CGGAGCCCGCGCACACCCGCGCACCCGCGGCCGCAGGAGGGCCCAGCGACGCCGCCGCGCCAGCUCCCAGGGCCCGGCCGGCCCCGGCGCUCACGCUCUCGGGGCGGACUCCAGGCCCUCCGCGCCCUCCCGCGCGGCGAUGGCCCGGCUCGGAUACUUCUUACUCCUCUGCAGCCUGAAGCAGGUUCUAGGCAGCUACCCGAUCUGGUGGUCGCUGGCAGUCGGGCCGCAGUACUCCUCCCUGGGCUCGCAGCCCAUCCUGUGUGCCAGCAUCCCGGGCCUGGUCCCCAAGCAGCUGCGCUUCUGCAGGAACUACGUGGAGAUCAUGCCCAGCGUGGCCGAGGGCAUCAAGAUCGGCAUCCAGGAGUGCCAGCACCAGUUCCGAGGCCGCCGGUGGAACUGCACCACCGUCCACGACAGCCUGGCCAUCUUUGGGCCCGUGCUGGACAAAGCUACCCGGGAGUCAGCCUUUGUCCACGCCAUUGCUUCAGCCGGUGUGGCCUUCGCGGUGACACGCUCGUGUGCAGAGGGCACAGCCGCCAUCUGUGGCUGCAGCAGCCGCCACCAGGGCUCACCAGGCAAGGACUGGAAGUGGGGUGGCUGCAGCGAGGACAUCGAGUUUGGUGGGAUGGUGUCUCGGGAGUUCGCCGACGCCCGGGAGAACCGGCCAGAUGCCCGCUCAGCCAUGAACCGCCACAACAACGAGGCUGGGCGCCAGGCCAUCUCCAGCCACAUGCACCUCAAGUGCAAGUGCCACGGGCUGUCGGGCAGCUGCGAGGUGAAGACGUGCUGGUGGUCGCAGCCCGACUUCCGCGCCAUCGGCGACUUCCUCAAGGACAAGUAUGACAGCGCCUCGGAAAUGGUGGUGGAGAAGCACCGGGAGUCCCGCGGCUGGGUGGAGACCCUGCGGCCGCGCUACACCUACUUCAAGGUGCCCACGGAGCGCGACCUGGUCUACUACGAGGCCUCGCCCAACUUCUGCGAGCCCAACCCCGAGACGGGCUCCUUCGGCACGCGCGACCGCACCUGCAACGUCAGCUCCCACGGCAUCGACGGCUGCGACCUGCUGUGCUGCGGCCGCGGCCACAACGCGCGCGCGGAGCGGCGCCGGGAGAAGUGCCGCUGCGUGUUCCACUGGUGCUGCUACGUCAGCUGCCAGGAGUGCACGCGCGUGUACGACGUGCACACCUGCAAGUAGGCGCCGGCCGCGCCUCCCCCGGACCGCGCGGGCCCUGCCUGGGGUGCGCUUUUCCCUGGGUGGAGCCGGACUCCCACCAGACGGGACCGGGCAGCGCUCCUCCCUGGGGGCGACGCUCCUCCCUGGGGCCGGCGCUCCUCCCUGGGGGCGGUGCUCCUCCCUGGGGCCGGGGCUCCUCCCUGGGGGCGGCCGCUCCUCCCUGGGGCUGGGGCUCCUCCCUGGGGCCGGGGCUCCUCCCUGGGGGCGGCCGCUCCUCCCUGGGGCUGACGCUCCUCCCUGGGGCUGACGCUCCUCCCUGGGGGCGGGGCUCCUCUCUGGGGGCGGCCGCUCCUCCCUGGGGGCCACGCUCCUCCCUGGGGCUAGGGUUCCUCCCUGGGGGCGGGGCUCCUCCCUGGGGCUGGGGCUCCUCCCUGGGGGCGGGGCUCCUCCGUGGGGCUGACGCUCCUCCCUGGGGCAGGGCUCCUCCCUGGGGGCG